AUGGCUAGCACAGCAGAAGAGGUUGCCGGAGAGCAUAUAGACAACCAGGAGAAAGGCGGAGAUGAUGAAGAAGAAAUUGCUGCGAUGAGAGAGAGACUGACAAAGAUGGAGUCUGAAGCAGCGAAACUGCAUGAGAUGCAAGCUUCACUGGACCAGCAGACCGAGAACCUGCGAGAAGACAAGGAAGAUAUCGACGCGAGAAGUAUCUUUGUUGGAAACGUCGACUACGCUGCAUCUCCGGAAGAGAUUCAAGCUCAUUUCCAGAGCUGCGGCUCGAUAAACCGAGUCACGAUCUUGCUGGAUAAAUUUACCGGCCAUCCAAAGGGGUAUGCGUACGUCGAGUUUAGCGAACCCAGCCUUGUGGCGCAAGCUCUAGUCCUGAACGAGAGCUUGUUUCGUGGAAGAAAUCUAAAGGUUGUUCCAAAGCGCACAAACCUACCCGGGAUGACUCGCGGACGAGGUCGUGGACGAGGCCGUGGUGGAUUUGGCCGCGGAAUGCCUCGAGGGGGAUAUCGAGGAGGCGGCUACCGAGGCCGCGGAAGAGGAUAUGCACCGUACUAG